UAUAAUCGCGGUGUUACGAAACUAUUAUGAAUUCUAAUUUAAAUGUUAUCUUCAUUUCAAAGAAUUGGAACACAUGAAAUGUAUACAUAUUUCUUCAAGUUUCGGUUAUUAGAUAACGACCUGCUGAUAUCAGAAAUUAGUAAGGACAUCGCCAAUGAGCGUAGAAGAAAUUCAGUCAAAAGUAUACUCCAUGAAUUGCCGUCCAUAGCAGUCAAACGACCAAAAACUAUAUGCAUGUUUCUUCUUCCGCUUCUUUCAAUGGGAAAAACGCGCAUAAUAUGUACUUACGUACAUGGCAUGGAAAUGCAUGGCAAUGGAAAGCAGAGUGUAUGAUCUAGGGAAUUUUACAAGUAGUUUGUCAGAAACAGAUGGAAAAUUGUAUUCUUCUAUCGUCGAGGAUCUUUUAAUAGAAAUGAAUGGAAGGGAAUUAAAAAAAUUUAGUGAUAGUAAUAAUACAGGCUGUUGUCGGUGUAAACAUUUGUUGAAUAUUCCUCGAGAUCUUAUUCAAACUUCUGAGAAGAUAUCGGAUUAUACGGAAGAAUGUGUGGAUGAUUUAAAUUUUGUGCAAAGUAUGGUCUGGUUAAAGUCAGCCACAAUGUUUAUGAAAACUAUUUCCGUCGAACAAUUUCAUUCGGUAUUUUAUAAACAAUGGAAGAACACAGGAAAAGAUUUUAAUCUUUAUAGUCAAAACUUAAUGUCUGAUAUUGAAGAGGACGAUUAUAAAAAUUUGAGCAAUUCAUUAAAUGAUGAUCAACAGAAUGAUACGAAUUUCGACGUUGAUUCAGAAUAUAUUAAUAAUACUGAUCCGUCACGUGAUGUACAUAAUGAAAAACAUAAUACAUCACAAUCUUAUCACCAACAAAUAAAUCAAGAAACUGGAAUUUUCACCGAAAAAGGAGUCAGUCCCUCCGUUUUUACUUCUUCUCAAAGUCUUGAUAGAUUCUUCAAUGUACAACCUUGCAUGCAUCAAGAUAUUACUAUGAAAAAUUAUAUCAUUCAAGAUUCAGACGAAGAGUGCUCUUCUGUUUCUGACAUAAUUAAAGAUUCUCUGGAGAGUCAAAAUACUAAUAACAUAGUACGAAACGAGAAAGAUAAAAAAUUACUCGAAGGAAGCGAUUUUAUCAAGGAAAAAUCAGCAGAAGAAUUAUUUUCUGAGGACAGCGAUGUUUUAACGAGAACUUUAUUCGGAACGAGAAAUGAUCUAACUGUUGCUUCAGACGAUAACGAUUUUUCAGACAUUAUUUUAUCUAACAAAAAUUAUUCAUCAUAUAAACAGAAUUGUAGUCAGUUAAGAGAACAAUUAAUUUCAAAAUCGAAUAAGCAGAUAGUCAAACCAUUGACACAAACUUGUGAUUCAAAUUUUUUCAAUGAAAGUCCUAUAAUUUCACCGAAUCGGAUUAAUAAUGCAUGCUCGCUUCAGGAAGACAGCGCUUACGAUACUUAUCAAUUAAGCGCAGAAUGGUUACCAACGACGAAUUGCAUUUAUAAUGAAGAUAUUAGUAUCUUGCCUAGUCAAAAAAUUGCUAAUAUUACUCCUCAUGAAAAAAAAGAUAUCGUGAAUUACACGCAUGAUCUGGAGUCUCUCACCAUAGAUAUGACAGAGAAUAAUUGGACUUCCAAACAAAAUUUAUCUUGUUCACAACAAGAAAACGAUAAAAACAUAAACAAUGACGGUGAAGAAUUGUCCGUACAAAAUAGACAAAGAUAUAAAAAUUUGAUGGAAGAUGCAGAAUACGAAAGAAGUAGCAGUAAGAGAAAGAAACUAAAAUCUGUCCAUGAAACGACUGUAUCUAAGUCUAAGAAAAAAGAAGAGAAGAAAAUUUCUUCGAAAUGGUUGAAAUUUACGCUUGAUACUCUAAAUGUGGACGACAUUGCUUUUAAGUCGAUAAAGGCGAUUCUUAUGGUUCUCCAAAAUGAGAGAAUAGCGAAACAAUAUAUGAGAAAAAGAUGUUGGAAAGAUACUUUAGAAGAACAGGCUGUAAACGCGAUAUUGGAUUACUGUGACGUUUCUGAAGCUGAAAAUAAAACUAACGAGUAUACGCAAGAAAUUGUGCAGGUAGUGACUGACAUCCUGGAUAAGAGUAUAGGAACUAGUGAGUUUAACAAGGUUACAAUAGUGACUCAUCAGAUCUCCAUUAUUUUACAACUAUGCAGUUCUAUGAAAGUUUGUGUCGAAAUAAUAAAUUACUUAACUGCAAAAUUAAAAUCUUACGGAAAUAUUUUAAUCUCUCUGGUAAAUAACAAAAAGGCCGAUGUACAUAAUGUAAUAAAUCAAUUACAUAUUAUCUUUUAUACUUUAAAUUUUUGCUUACAAAAAUAUCGAGCAGUUUUCUGUAAUAAAGAAAAUAAUCAACUUGAAAAAGAAGAAGUAAUACCACCUGUCGUCGAUUUAUGGAAAAAACAAUUAAAUUUCGAAGGUAUAAUAGUAAAGGAUAGUAUACAGACAAGGGAACGAAGGUGGUUAAUGAUUUUGGAUGAUUUUGCAGUAAUUGCUACGGAAAAUUUUGUUCAAUUUGCAAAAAAGGCGCAAAAAUUAGUCAAUUUAUUGAUGUAUGAAUAAAUGAUUUUGUUUUAAGUGCACCGUUUUAAACGUAAUUUUAGUAUAUUGAGAUAUAUACCAGGUACUAAAUAUUAUAUUCUAU